AAUUUUAGGAGGGGCGAGGAGGCUGUCGCAGCAGCAGCCGCUGUCCGGGUACUUUAACCUCUGCGCGGCCCAGAAGCAGCUCGUGGCGGCCAGUGGGAGCCGGAACCUGCGGGAUUCUGGAAACUGCUUCUGGGUGGGUCGGCGACCGACGGCGGAAGGGCCGGUCCCGCGGGCUCCGGUAGGCGAGGCCUGCCUGGGUCUCUGGCCCCAGGAUGCCCUUUCCGGUUGGAGGAGGAGGUCGGGAAAGGCCGGGCCGAGGAAGAGGAGACCCCCUCAGUUUAACCUUGGAGAUUUCCUGCCUGGUAUCUAGAGGCCAAGAGACAUUCAUGAUGCUCACACUAUCUGUUCCAUUUUCGUGUCCACGUUCUCAAAUUCCUGCCUGUCAGGAGAGGCCUGUCUGUUGAGCAAGAGAGGACUUCCGUGCUUCUGACAAGCUACUUUCAGGAUUUCAAGUUUGGGCUACCUCUGGGGCCACGAUGUUGUCUGAUCCUUCUGCACUGGGAGAGCAAGACCAGGAGAAGAUUUUGCCUUCAAAGAAUGGGAAAGAUAGGGAGAUCCUGAAGAAAUUGACUCAAAAUCAUAAGGCGAAAGCUUUGACUUCUAACUAUACUGAAGAAAAGGAGGGAAAGCCCCAAAUGCUGGUACCUGUUACAUUCAGGGAUGUGGCUUUGAUCUUCACGGAAGCAGAAUGGAAGAGUCUGAGUUUAGAGCAGAGGAAUCUGUACAAAGAAGUGAUGCUGGAGAAUUACUGGAAUCUGCUCUCAUUGGAGACAAAGCCAGGAACCUACCCUUGUUCUUCCUGUCUUCUGGUCUCCUGUCUGCAAGUACUCAGCCAACACAUGCUUCAGGUCUUCUGGGGCUUAUGUGCAGAAAAUCAUUCCCAUCCAGGGAAUUCCAGCUCAGGCCUUCAGGAACUGCAGGUGCACCAGUAUUCUGAUCAGAACUGCUGGAGUGAAAAUGCAGAAGGUCAAGAGAGAGAAGGUGGUUGCAAACCCUGGUCAGCAAGGACAAAGGAGAGAGAGACAUCAAGGUCAUUUUUCAGCCCACUCCAAGGACAGUCAGCGAGUCCAAGAGAGGGCAACAUGGUGGUAGAAAUAGAGUCCAAUUCGGCCCAAAGGGUAAACCCUGUGCAGUCAGACAAAGGAAUGAAGGAAUUAGAAGCCUCAAGAUUUGGAGCAAUCAACUGUAGAGAAUACAGCUCAGAAUCAAACUUCAUUAGAAACUCCAGGACCUUCUUAGGUGAGAAGCCCUAUGUUUGCAGUAAUUGUGGGCGAGGAUUUAAAAACAGGUCAUACCUCAACAGACACUACCAGACACACUCGAUGGAGAAGCCCUAUAUUUGCAGUGAUUGUGGGCGAAGCUUUAAAGGUUGGUCAGCCUUCAAGAGACACCAUCAGACACACUUGAUGGAAAAGCCCUAUGUUUGCAGUGAUUGUGGACGAAGCUUUAAACAUAGGUCAGCCCACAACAGACACCAUCAGACACACUCCAAGGUGAAGCCCUAUGUUUGUAGUGAUUGUGGGCGAGGCUUUAAAAAGAGGUCAGCCCUCAACAGACACCAUUACACACACUCAGUGAAGAAGCCCUAUAUUUGCAGUGAUUGCGGACGAGGCUUUGAAGGUUGGUCAACCCUUAAGAGACACCAUCAGACCCACUCGAUGGAGAAACCAUGUGUUUGCAGUGAUUGUGGACGAGGCUUUAAACACAGGUCUGCUCUCAACAGUCACCACCAGAUACACUCAAUGGAGAGGCUCUGAGUUUGCCGUGAUUGUGAGUAAAUAAGUCAGCCCUCAACAGUCACCACCAGACACACGAUGUUUGCAAUGAUUGUGGGUGAGGCUUUCACCAAAAGUCACCAGAGAACACAUUCAGAAGCGAAGCCUUAUUUGUAUGGGGAGUGUGGGAAGAGCUUUAGAAAGAAGUUCAUCCUUAAUAGACAUCAGUGGACUCACUCAGGAAAGCCUUAUGAUUGCAGCAAUUGUGGGAAAGGCUUAAGCUGAAAGUCACACUUCAUCACACACAAAUGGUCACAUUCAGGGGAGAAGCCUAUGUCUGCAGUGAUUUGGGGUGAGGCUUUAGCAAGAAGUCACAUCUCAUCACACACCAGAGGAUAGACUCAGUGGAGAAGGCUUAUAUUUGCAGGGAGUGUGGGUGAAGCUUUAGUUGGAAGCCAUAUCUCGCCAGACACCAGAGGAGAGAAGCCCUAUGUAUGCAAGGUGUAUGGGCGAGGCUUUUGUCACAAACCAACUUUUGCCAUACAUAGUAGUAAAUAAAUACUUGAGAGAGAAGUAUUUUCAGGGAGUGUGAGAAGAACUUUAAAAGUAAAUCCAUGCGUAAUAGACAUCAGUGCAUUCACUCGGGAGAAGUCUAUGUCUGCAGGGAAUGUGAGCGAGGCUUUAUCCAGGAGGCACUUCUCACCAACCGCCAGAGGACACACACUGAGAUGAGAAAUUCUUUUCGGGGGGUUGGGGUAUGGGCAAGACUUUAAUGACAAAUUGACCUUUGUCAUUCAGGAGGGGACACACUUGGGAGAGAAGCCUUAAGUGUACAGUGAGUUGGCCAAGGCUUUAUCUGGAAAUUACUCCUCAUUAAUCAGAGGACACACUCAGGGGAGAAGCUUUACGUGUGCAGGGAGUGUGGGCGAGGCUUUAGCCGGAACUCAGGUCUCAUCAAACAUCAGAGGACACACUGAGGGUACUGCAGGACAGCUAGCAUAGCUCAGAUAUAGACAGUUUCUCACAGGCAGACUUAGAUAAUUAGGAAGCUAGGUGGUCAGGUAUCUGUAUCUGUGUACUGUCUUAUUGGGACAUAACUCUUAAGCAACUACAUACUGACUGAAAUCCAUACCCAUCCUUGGAAUAUGGGGCAGCUGGCUGUAAGAACCAAGAACAGGACAGUAUACUAGAGACAGGCACAGUGCGCUAAGAGAAAACUUAAUUACAGCAACUUUUCUGAUUUUCUUAACAGUUCCUUGUGACACUAGCAAAAUUUAGAAAUAAAAUAAGAAUUGACACCUGAUCAAAGCUUAGCUUAGAAACAGUUUCUUUAAUCAUCAUUUUGGAAAUACAUAAAGCCCUUUUUAACAUAAAGUCCACCCACAUUCUCUCUUGAAUGUGUCAUUUGAUUUUCUUUUCUAAUAAACCAUACUUGAAACCUC